UUAAAGACCCUUUCAACCCACUUCGGCUUUCAUUUCUCUUCUCUCUGUGGAGGCUAAAACCCUGGCAUAAACCCUAACUUUUAGCUUCUGAGAGGAAGAGAUUCAUCCAAUGGCUACGUCAAUGCUUUUACGAUCCAUGAGGCGUCGAGAAUUACAUACGACCUCUUUAGCUUCCUACAGAUCUUUGACGGGUAAUGCUAAGACAUCGUCAGUCACCUCACCUUUGGGUAACAAAUGUGCAAGUUUUGCAAGACACUUUAGUUCAAAGCCACUUGGAAAUGAUGUUAUAGGCAUUGACUUGGGUACCACAAACUCUUGUGUAGCAGUUAUGGAAGGAAAGACUGCCAAAGUGAUUGAGAAUUCUGAAGGAGCUCGAACCACACCAUCAGUUGUUGCUUUCAGCCCGAAAGGGGAGCGACUUGUAGGAACCACAGCUAAGCGACAGGCUGUGACGAACCCAACAAAUACAUUUUCCGGGACAAAACGUUUAAUAGGGAGGCGGUUUGAUGAUCCUCAGACACAGAAGGAAAUGAAAAUGGUGCCUUAUAAGAUAGUCAGAGCUCCCAAUGGAGAUGCUUGGGUGGAAGCUGCUGGACAGCAGUACUCCCCAAGCCAGAUUGGUGCAUUCGUUCUUAGCAAGAUGAAAGAAACAGCUGAGUCGUACCUGAACAAGGGUGUUAACAAAGCUGUAGUUACAGUUCCAGCCUACUUCAAUGAUGCACAAAGGCAAGCCACAAAGGAUGCUGGGAGGAUAGCUGGUCUAGAUGUACAAAGAAUUAUUAACGAACCAACUGCUGCUGCACUAUCUUAUGGUUUAAAUAACAAAGAAGGCACCAUUGCAGUGUUUGAUCUUGGAGGCGGUACUUUUGAUGUUUCUAUUCUAGAAAUAUCCAAUGGUGUCUUUGAGGUGAAAGCAACGAAUGGAGACACAUUUCUUGGAGGGGAGGAUUUUGACAAUGCACUGUUAGAAUUCUUGGUGGGUGAGUUCCGAAGAACCGAAGGGAUUGAUCUAUCAAAGGAUAGGCUUGCACUGCAGAGGCUUCGGGAAGCUGCAGAGAAGGCUAAGAUAGAACUCUCAUCGACCUCUCAGACUGAAAUCAACCUGCCAUUCAUUACUGCUGAUGCUUCUGGUGCCAAGCAUCUAAAUGUAACAUUAACCAGAUCAAAAUUUGAGACUUUGGUGGAUCAAUUGAUUGAAAGGACUAGAACCCCUUGCCAGAAUUGUCUGAAGGAUGCUGGUGUUUCCACCAAUGAAGUAGAUGAAGUUCUUCUUGUUGGAGGUAUGACUCGUGUUCCCAAGGUACAACAAAUAGUUGCUGAAAUUUUCGGAAAAAGUCCAAGCAAGGGGGUUAAUCCUGAUGAGGCUGUUGCAAUGGGAGCUGCAAUUCAGGGUGGUAUCCUCCGUGGAGAUGUGAAGGAGUUGCUUUUAUUGGAUGUAACUCCACUAUCGCUUGGCAUUGAAACUCUUGGUGGCAUUUUCACCAGGCUGAUUAACAGAAACACCACCAUUCCCACAAAGAAGUCCCAGGUCUUCUCUACAGCCGCAGACAACCAGACCCAAGUUGGAAUCAAAGUGCUUCAAGGUGAGCGUCAAAUGGCUGCCGACAACAAGCUUCUUGGAGAAUUCGAACUUAUGGGUAUUCCACCUGCACCUAGGGGCUUGCCACAGAUCGAAGUGACAUUCGACAUUGAUGCCAAUGGUAUUGUUACUGUUUUCGCCAAGGAUAAGACAACUGGAAAAGAGCAACAGAUUACGAUCAGAUCAUCUGGAGGGCUUUCAGAGGAUGAGAUUCAAAAGAUGGUCAGGGAAGCCGAGUUGCAUUCUCAGAAAGAUCAGGAGAGGAAAGAACUGAUUGACCUCAGAAAUUCUGCUGAUACAACCAUAUACAGCGUAGAGAAGAGCUUAACCGAGUAUAGGGACAAGAUUCCAUCCGAGGUGGCAACAGAAAUCGAGUCUGCUGUGUCAGACCUAAGGAAAGCAAUGGGUAAUGACAACGUGGAGGAGAUAAAGGCAAAGAUUGAUGCUGCAAACAAGGCUGCUACAAAGAUUGGACAGCAUAUGUCUGGAGGCUCCGGUGGGGCUGCCUCUGGAGGGUCCCAGGAUGGGGAGCAGCCUCCAGAAGCAGAAUAUGAGGAGGCCAAGAAGUAGAGGUAAAGAUAAUUUAUAGAUGAUGUACUGCGACUUCACACUUAAGCUAAUUAUGGUUGGAAUAGAUUUCAUCAGAGGAAGAAGAUUGCAAAAUCAAUCUAAGGAUUUGGGCAAGAAUAAGAAACAAUGCAGUUUUAGUAUAUUUUACAACAACUUAUUCUUUGAUGCUUUGUCAUCAUUCUUAAGUUUUGAUAUCUGAAACAUCUACAUUUUAAUUAGCAGUAUAAUCUGCAUACUUCUGUUGCUAGGUUUUUUAUUUUGUAUGAUUUCAUAUUGUUGAGAGACUUUCUGUGUUUGUUUCCAGAAUCAUGUUUUUGGG